AAAAAUAUCUAAAAAUCCGUCCCAAACCAAAACUAUUGCCAACCCCAGCCCAGAUAGCAAAAUCUUCUGAAUUUUCUUGAUAUCCAAACACACACAUACAUAAACAAGUUGUUUAAUUUGAAAUUAACAGCUUCUUUUGAAUUAGUCCCAAAAAUAAUUGUUUUUAUUUGAUGGCUUCCUUAGCCAUUGUUGAUAGCUUAAAUUCAAUUUCACCAUUAUUAAGCUGCUCCCCAAAAACCCUUAACUCUCAGUUUGUCCAUUCCAAUUCCUUUCUAAAGCUGAAGAACCCAACUUUUCUACCUAAAUUGAAACCCAUUUCCCGCAAUUCUCGGGUCUUCGCCGUGCAGUCUAAUAAUUUCGUCAAAGUUGCGCAAACGGCAUGGAAGGUUGGGAAGGAUGGUAUUGAUGCAGGAAUGAACUUGGUGCCUAAUUCUGUACCAAGACCAAUUGCUAGGCUUGCAGUAACAGUUGUUGCACUAUCCGUUUCGCUCUUUGUACUGAAGUCAGUUCUAUCUACAGCUUUCUUUGCUCUGGCCACAAUGGGAUUUGUAUAUUUCGUUUUUAUUGCCUUGAACAAAGAUCAAGGGCCAAGGGGCGGCGGCGGGGGUGGUGGAGGAAGCACAAAUUCUUCGGAAGAUCCUUUAGAAGAAGCAAGAAGAAUAAUGGAGAAGUACAAGUAAAAGCAGAAGGAGCAGUGAAUUUCUAUGAGUUAUCCGGUGUAGGAUAUGCACCAAGAAGGAACAGAAUAUAUUUGUAAGUAUGAAAUUAUUAUACAUACAGGAUUUCUGCCAUGUGCAGUUUCAAUUUUUAUACAGAAAUGACAGUAUCGUUUUCUCUC